CUUGCUCAUCAGCUGUACCAUCGCGUCAUAUCUUCCAACACAGUCCGUUAUUUCUCGCCUGCCUCACCGGCCCAGUCCCGCUAUGCCAUAGCUAAAAGGCUACUACAAGAGCCUUUUCAACCGGGCUCCAUCGGAAACAUUUCCGCCUCAUCCCGGAGAACACAAGCAUGAGCUAGGCGUCAUGAAUUAAAUCAUUCUAACCUGAAUUGAGCUCCAACCCUCGGGAUACGCUGCAAGUCGGGCGUGGUAGGACAGGCAACCGCAGAGCAGUUGUCGCAGGGAUGGUUUUGGACCCGGGUGAGGACUGCAUGGAUCGGACAGAUGGCAAGGGGGCUGGGGGAAGCAGCAGUGCUAGAGACCUUUCAGAGACCAAACCAGAACCUCACAAAAACACCACUACAUCUGACGACACCACACUAGGAUCUUCCAAAACAAACAUAAUUACCACAAGAACUAGAACAGAAGACAUCAGAGCAGAGCCUACAGAAACUAUCAACAACAGUCCAGAACUAACCAGACUAGACCCUCCCCAAAUUCCCAGAACCCUCACAACUUCCAGUAAGACCACCACUAACCCAGAAGAGACCAGACUAGAUCCUCCCCAAACCCCCAGAACCUCCACAACUACCAGUAAACCAGAAGAGACCAGACAAGACCCUCCCCAAACCCCCAGAACCUCCACAACUACCACUAAACCAGAAGAGACCAGACUAGACCCUCCCCAAACCCCCAGAACUACCACUAAGAUCACCACUAAACCAGAAGAGACCAGAGUAGACCAUCUCAAAACCCCCAAAACUUCCACAACUACCACUGAGACCUACACUAAACCAGAAGAGACAAGACCAAACCCUUCCAAAACUACCACCAACACUGCAAACAGCCACACCAGACCCAGUGCCAAGACCAGCAGUAUCACCAAGAGGGAGCGGGUUUCCAACUCCUACAAUGGACCCCAGAUCCAGCCUCAGAUGUUGGGGUCCUUUGGCGUCCCUUGCCGUAGCCCCAGAGCCAGUGUUGCCUCAUCCGUCGACUCCGCCCACCCCAUCUCGCCACCCAACGGAGCUGUUGUCUCUCUCCGGCGGGACGUCACCAUGGCAACUGCCUCGUCGAGAAACAAGGCUGCAGCCAGGCCCCCUCUGCGCCGGCCCCUCAGCCUGGACGUGACCCCAAUGGGCCUCCGGGGUUCUGAGCCAGCGCUGGACCACCGGACACGGCAGCCUCCAUGGCGCAGCGGCGGCGGUCCCUUGGCGGCCCCCUCGCCCCCUGCUCGCUCGCUCACCAGCCCCAGCCUGGGUCCAUUGGGCUGGAUGCGGCGAAGCGAGAGCACCUGCACUGUCAACACCUCCUCCACAAGCCUCCAGGCCACCAGGGGGCGCAUGCGGCCUGCCACCUCCCUGCCACACAUCGGCCGGGGGCUCGGAGGCGGCUCUGCGCUGCCCUCACCCUCCAUGCCGCGGGGCCCCUGCCUUCUCGUGGCCCUCAGGCCCAUUAACCUGGACCAGGAGAGGCAAGCCUUCUUCCUGUCCAGCUAUAAAUAUGACCCCCAGUUUGAGUAUUCAGCCCCCGAGCCCAGCACUGUGCUGGAGAAAUACAGGGAGGGGUCAGGACUUUUCCUCUCACAGGCGGUUGGGAUCAUGGAAUGUGUUCUGAGGAAGUUUGGUAACUAUGAGAAUUUUGAGGAGGUGACAGGAGGAAGAAUUUUACCCAAGAGUCGAGUAUGGGCCUCAGCACGCAAGUAUCUGCAGAAGGAGAACUGCGUGGGGGAGGUGGUGGUGUGUCUGUCUGAGGAACUGCUGUCCCAGGCGGUCAUGAUGGUGGAGAGUUGUCGUCCCACCCUGACCAUCAACCUGUCGGGAGCACGUCAGCAUUGGCUGGAAGGCAUGCUGAGACACGAAAUAGGAACCCACUACCUUCGGGGGGUGAAUAACAACCUUCAGCCUUGGUCCACCGCGGCGGGCAGGAAGCAGUACGGCCUGAAGCCGGCCAAUCCCACGGAAGAAGGCCUGGCCAGCCUGCACAGUGUGCUGCUACGCAAACAGCCGUACCUGUGGCGCGCCGCGCUGCUCUACUACACUGUGUACCACGCCUCCAGGAUGAGCUUCAGCCAGCUCUUCGGUCACAUCGCUCAGUUCGUCCAGGAUCCGGCCGUGAGGUGGGAGUACUGCCUGAGAGCCAAGAGGGGGCAGACCGACACCUCGCAACCUGGCUGUUUCAGUAAAGACCAGGUGUACCUGGAUGGAAUCCUCCGGAUUCUACGACAUCGGAGUACCAUCGACUUCAAAAUGUUGACCUCGCUAGGCAAGGUGUCAUUUGAGGACGUGGAAAGGCUCCGGCACUUUGCUGUCCUCCGCCGGACCAGAAUCCCUCACUUCAUGCAGGACCAGGAGAAAUACCUUCAGCACCUGGACCACAUCGUCACAGUCAACGAACUAGAUGACGCCCAGCUCCAAGCACUCCUUCCCUGACUGACCAGCCUGCCCUUCAGCAGUGCAGUUGAUCCCCUGCUGGAUGUUGCUGAAAGUCCCAAUUCAGUUAGUUGGGAAUUGAACAGAAAAUAGUGGCUGAUGUUUGGUGAUCAGAGGCGAUGGCCACCAGCUGCUAAUUAUCGUUUACCAUUGCGGUAUGUUCAGUCUUUAACUCAUUCCCUCUGGCCUGAUCUGGUGAUACUACACUCCCGAAGUCUCAUUCAUCACUGAAGGAAGCUGGGAAAUCAAAGCUUGUCUGACAAACACAGAGUACGUGGGGAAAAACCAUACCAAGGCUUCCAUUAUAUCUAAUAUGCUUGGAUCACAUUCAGUUUGCCUGUAUCCUAAAUGGCAACCUUUUUCUGUAGGGAACCUUAUGGACCGCUGGUCAAAUUUAGUGCACUAUAAAGGGAAUAUCGAGUGCCAUUUGGGAUGUGUCCCCAUUCCCAAUGACAUAAUUCAACUAGUCAUUGGAUUGGGUGGUUAGCAGGAGUUCAGCAAGAGCUUCUCACACUUGGAUUAUGAGACACCUGCGAUCGCUUUAUAUUCCAAUCGCGCGUAGCCGAAUCACAUUUAUGCCUGUCGGACAUAUGGCGUGCAGCGCGUAAGGCAUCUCCACAUUUAUAGUGAAUGUCACGUAUAUCCAACGCAUGUCUCCGAGGCAGUUUUGUACCCAGACAGUUAUCGACAACAAUGCGUUAUGUUAUCACUGCCCCCCCCCCCCCCCACUCAGUCAAGUUGCCUCAAUACCAUGUGACCCCCCCCCAAUACAGCCGUGGGGUUAAUCCAAGAAGCAUGCGGACGGUCUGAUUGUUUUCCCUUCUUUUCAGGUGAGGGGUAUACCCUAUACCCAUCGACCCCAUCCCUUCCUGGGUGCACCUGCAGCGAACAUUCUUGUAUUGCUUUUCAAACAUCCUCAUGGGCAUUGACUGUAUUUAUGCAACAAUAUAUUUACAAAUUAUUUAAUUGGGAUUUGGGGAUUUUUUUAUUUUGUUUAAAAAACAGACAAUGAAUGUCUAUGGUGUUAGCUUUAUUUCUCUCCAUUCUGAGGAGCAAAUUUUUUAGCCUUAGUUUGGCUUUGUUAAAAAUUGCUACAUGUUUUUAUUUUAUUUAAAAGAACACCAAGGAGCACUCAGCUCUAUUCCAGAACCUCGGAAACCACCACUGAGGCCACAAAUCCAACCUAAAACUACUAAGUGCCAAUGGACUCAGUCUGACUGGUCUUGAUUUUUAGUAUUAAAUACAUUUCCCAGGCUCUUAUAAAUUGCAUUGUGUUGAUAAUGAGGCCAAAGGCCAGGUUCAAUUAACAGAUGGUGCAGAUAGGAAUGUCAUAAAUCCAUUCUUGAAAAGCGAUUUUUUUUUAAAUGUUAUUUAAAAAAUGUUUUAAAUGGAUAACAUUUGAAAUGUUUAUGAUUAUUUUAAAAACCAUCACAAAAUGUGAAGACAUCAAAUAAUACUGUAUCAGCACCUUGACUGAGGUAAAAAAAAAAUCUUAUUUUAUACCAAGUAUUUAAAGGCCUUGCUUGUUUAAUCCUAACAUUAAAUAAUUCAAAUAUGUAAUUGAAAUCUCCAAACUUACACUGUCCUCUGUAAUUUUUAGGACAAUAAAAAAAAAUCUAUACACAGAUGUUUGGGUUUGAAAUCGAACAAUUACUAUCAAUUUAAAGUUUAUAUUCUCUGUUUUUAUUUGAGAGUAUUUGUGUACAUAUAGGUUUCACAUUUUGAAAGGACAACACUUUAUACUUUGUCCCCAAAUUAUAUAUAUUUUAUUCUUCUGUAAUGUAAGAUCAACUAAUGCAACAAUCUUUUUAAAUGUUCUACAUAAAAAAGCAUUCCAUGCCCAACAAGAUCCGUUGCUGUUUUGAAGAAUUCCGGGUACUAUAACCUUAUGUUCCUUUUUCUACAUGUCAGAGGCAUGUCUGUUCUACACAGCCUAUUUCUAUCUGAAAGUUACAAAACAUGCCCUGUUGAACAAGACUUUUUUCAUAGAGCUAGAGCUUCCUUGGUGGACUUUUAGAUCCCUUUAUCAAUGCUACUGUAAAGGGAAGCGACUGAGCCGUGUACCUAAGAAUCCCUCGCAUGGCAACCUUUGCGCCCAGAGAUCAAUUACACUGCAACCUUAAAGCCAACAUGCCUCUUCAACAGGCAGCCAAAGCCAACCAAUCACAGCAGCUUUCUCACUGAGAUUUUACAACAUAAGUGAGCGAUUGGCUAAGGGUAUUGUGGGUGUGCCUUAGAUGGGUUUAGAUUAGAACUCACCUGAGCUGCGUCCAGUAGUGGAAUUGUGCCAGCUUCGUUCAGUAUAGUGCACACUGUUGAACGCUGCGCUGCAGAAGCUAGCUAUUUGUAGACUAUUUCAACAUGUAACUGUUUUAUCAUUUGUAUUGCACGAAUGUUGCACAAUUUGUUCUGGAAAUAAUCCGGGAUUUCCAGUUUAUUUAUUAAAACCACACACUAAAGCAGGUGUCAAUCACUUUGUACGAUAGAUUGUAUAAGAAAAUGAUCUGAAUUUUUCAAAUGUACACUUUAGGUAAGCAUCCAAGUAGUACAAUCAGGAGUA